ACCGGGAACGACUUUAUAUAAACAUAACAACAAUAGCCAGAUUCAAAAGCCAUAGGACAAUUAGGAGAAGAGAAAGAACGAUGGGAGAGGAAAACAAAGUGAUUCUGCUUGGAAAUUGGUCAAGCCCUUUUGUUAAGAGAGUGGAAUUGGCUCUCAAAACCAAAGGCAUUCGGUUUGAGUAUGUGGAAGAGGAUUUGAGCAACAAGAGUGCUCUGCUCCUCAAGUAUAAUCCAGUACACAAGAAGGUUCCUGUUCUUGUCCAUAAUGGAAAGCCAGUAUGUGAAUCUCUAGUUAUUCUUGAAUAUAUUGAUGAAACCUGGCAAAAUGGACCUCACCUCCUGCCUAAGGAUCCUUAUGAAAGAGCCAGAGUUCGCUUUUGGGUAGCUUAUAUCCAUCAGCUGUUAGACAGCAUGGCCAAACUCUACACACCUGACAAGGAGGCACAAGAGAAAGCCCUUAAAGAAGUGCAUGAGAAGCUGAGAGUUUUGGAAGAUGGCAUGAAGGAAAACUUUCCAGGGGGAAGUCCUGAUGUCCGUGCCAAAAAGCUGGAAAUCCUAGAUAUCAUGAUGAUUGCAACUGUUGGUUCCUUCAAGACACACGAAGAGGCUCUCGGUGUACAGAUUUUGGAUCCGGAGAGGAAUCCACUCACAUUUUCGCGGGUGCAAGCUCUCAAUGAGCUGCCUGUAGUGAAGGAAAGUAACCCUCCAUAUGAAAAGUUGAUUGCUCUUCUUCAGUCCCUGAAAGAAAGUGGCAUGAAAUUCUACAAUUGAUUGUGGUUACGUAGCAGUUAGUUUGUGAAUUAACUUUAUGCAAGUUAAUCGAGACUACUGCCCUCUCCUUGUAAGUUGAAACAAGUAAGGCUUACUCAUAAGUCAUCUGAAUAAAGAAUGUGCAUAUUUAUAUGCUUAGCGAUCGA